AACAUAGAUAAGAAGCAGCGUAUUGCCUACAUUACCACGGUGGGAGGUAGGGUAUCGUUGCUUACAAUAACCUAACCUGAAACAUCAAUUAAUAAAACAUUGGCUGUCAACAUCAACGUCCGAAUAGAAAUUCAUACAACUAGACUUGUUUUAUAACAUUGUUAGCCUAGGUGAUAAUUAGCUAGCUAAACUGACAUGACGAAACGAUAUCCAGCCUGUAACAAAGCGUAAGCGUGAGCGUGGCGGAGACGCGGCGGCCGUGUCCCGGUAAAGUAGCACACACUAUUGUAUGAACCUGAUUGUAUGACCGAAUACGUGCUCUGCGAUUUCGGCUCCAGUCCUGAAGCCAUAGCGCUUGACAACUUGAUGGCGAAUUAGGUCGGACAGUUACGCACAGAAUUAACGCAGGAUUGGAUUGGAUGAAAUGGCGGCAGGUGACAGAAACUAUUUGUGACCCUCGCAUUCCCCUUAAACUUAAGGGGAAAAUUCACAAGACUAUGGUUAGACCUGAUGUCCUGUAUGGAUCAGAGUGCUGGCCCACAAAAGCGACGAAUGAAAGACAAUUGUAUGCAUGCGGUAGAAAGAAGUUUAAAAGUGGCGCCGGCAACAGUAAAGUGCGUGGAAACCGGCUGUGAUGGUAUGGGCAUGUGAUGCGGAGGAAUGAGAGUCAUCUUGUGACGAAGGUUUUGAGCAUGAACGUGGACGGAUAUAGGGGAAGAAGACGACCAUAGAAACGAUGGAUGGAUCGUGUGAAAGUUGAUAUGGUUGGAAACAGUGUGUACAGAGUACAGUUUUAUUGAUAUCAAUCGCGCGCGCAUUCAGCAGUUCCACGCCGACCCGAAUAUUUAGUUUUAAUUUUAACAUUAUUAUAAAGUUAACGAUCGGUCAGCAACCAAGCCGCGUUUGCUCAUACCAAUUUACCCAAUAUACAAUAUUUUUACCAUACCUACCAGUUUUUACUAUUUAUGUAUUUGUUGGAGUUACGCCCAAUACAAUGUUACUUGCGAGAUAACGGCAGAGAGAAGAGUAAUAAAUAAAUUGGGAAAAGUAAAAAAUUCAGGAGGAUGAUGAUGAUUUGAUAAAACUUAGGAUUUUCGACUCCGAAUAACUUUUGAAGGACACAUGGGAUCGAUGGGGACUUUUAAAACUUUAUUUAAAAUGGUAAACCCAAGGUCUCCACCAAUACAUAUUUGUUUCCGGGAGUUAUUAUUAUUUGACCAUUAUUUUUAUGUCUAAAUCGACCGGCCUAUAAUUGUAAUUUUAGAUUUUUCUGGCGGAAAUAAUAAAUGGAAAUUAUUUUUGGUAACAGAAUUAAGGGUAUCAUAACAUUUUAUUAUGAUGGUCAUUACAUUGAAUCCUUUUGAAGAAUCAUCGUUCCAUCAACACGCAAGAAACAGUGGCAGCUGGCAAUUGUUACAUUGAACUGAAAUGUAAUGUAAACAGUGGCUAUCAGUUAGUGAGCCGCUACCAAGGAAUAAUCCUUGUUCCGCAUAUCACUCCACUCACUCAUACACUACGAAUACGAACUUAUGAAAACUACAGACGUCACGGAUGUGACCACGAGGCCAUAAUUACUUAAUCUGCACGAAAUUAUAACUUCACUGACGCGGACGCGCCGAACGAAAAUAGUGCUACUCGCUCACAUGAACGGCCGGAUUCACGCAGUCGCACUCGCAGCUCACGACGACUACGGUUCGUUGGCGCGGGUGCGGCGGCAGUGCGCAGGCGCGCGGCUAUCGACCGGCACGGCGUGCGCGGCCUCGCUGCGCGCUGCUAAUGCAUGCGAGAGCAAUUAGUCAGCAGCCAGGGUCGGCGCCGCGCCGACGCGCCCGCUCCGCUGCUCGCAGAACAAGUGGUCCUGGCGCCGCACGGAGGCCGCGCGAUGCGCGCGCGGGCGUGGUCGUGGUGGGCGGCGCUGCUGCUGGGCGCCGUGCGCGCGCGGGAGCUGGACCCCGCCGCGUGCGCGCCGCGCUUCGACGUGCAGCGCGACAAGAUCAUCCGCACGGAGGAGUCGCGCGACAUGGGCGCGCGCUACCUGUCCGAGCUGGACGUGGGCGCGCGCGCCGAGUGCCUGCGCCUGUGCUGCGAGACCGACGCCUGCGACGUCUUCGUCUACGAGGAAAAGGGCCCCGGCAGCUGCUACCUGUUCAACUGCGGGCCGCCCGAGGACUUCCGCUGCAAGUUCACGGCGCACAGCAACUUCAGCAGCGGCGUGCUGGCCAUCAGCCGGCGCCUGGCGGAGCUGCAGGACCAGGAGCGUCUGGCGCACCACGAGCAGGAGCUCGCCAACCUGAGGAGCGGCGCGGCCACCAGCACGGCGCGCACCACGCCGGCCAGCACCGCGCCCCCCGCGCCCGCGCCGCCGCCGCCCGCCGCGCCCGCGCCCACGCCUGCACCCAGCGCGCGCUGCAGCCGCUACCAGUUCGCGUGCAGGCGCGGCGGCGAGUGCAUCGCCGUGUACAACGCGUGCGACGGGGUGCCGCAGUGCGCUGACGGCUCGGACGAGGCGCCCGAGCUGGGCUGCCCGCCAGCCCGCGCGCCGCCCACCACCGCGCCGCCGCCCAAGCUGCCUCAGGCGGCAGCCGGGCCCACCGCGCCGCCCGUCGGCUACGGCGAGCUCGACGCUCACUCGGCCGGAGCGGAGGCGCGGUUCCGCGCGGGCGACGCCGCCGGGCUGCUGCAGGCCGCGCCGGAGCCGGCGGCCGACGUGCCGGAGCGCUGGCCGCACCGGCUGGCGCAGGCGCAGCCACAGCACCGGUAUAACGAGGGAGGAGCGAGCUCGCACAUCUUCAGCCACAAGGGCGGGCUGCUGCAGGAGCCGGACAGCGGCGCGCAGUUCCCGGCGUUCGAGCCGCCCGCGCCCUGGCCGCGCCGCGCCUGGCCGCCGCCGCCCGGCGGCGCGGCGCUGGAGGGCGCGGCGGAGCGCGGCUGGGGCUACUGGCCCGAGCCCGACCCGCGCCGCGCCUGGCCCGUGCCGCGCGCUGACCAGGAGAUGCCAGUGUACAUCCCCCCGAAGACCAUGCCGGAGAUCCCGGUGGUGUACUCCAGCCAGCAGCAGACGCUACGCGACAGCCCUAAGAAGGGCUUCGAGCUGCUGAAGAAGGAGGCGUCCGAGGCGCCGCCGCCCGAGCGCCACAACUCCAGCGCCGCCAACGUCACGCGCGACAAGAGUGUGCCGGCGAGCAAGCCGGCGGAGGCGGAGAAGGCGGUGGCGGCGGCGGCGCACGUGCACUUCCCGGCGGACGAGCACGACGGGCUCAGCGAGCACCCGCCCGCCGCCAUGAUGCUGCUCGUGCUGGGGCUGUUCAUGCUGACGGCGAUGCUGGGCAUGCUGACGUGCCGCGCGCGGGCGGCCAUGCGGCGCCGGCGCGGCCGCGGCAAGUCGCCCUUCGCUCACGACGCCGACUACCUUGUCAACGGCAUGUACUUGUAGCAGCCGCCGAGCUCCACAUCACUUACUUAAAUUAUCACUUUGUCGCCAUCUUUUAGUGACAUAUAGGUACUAUGCAAGUUUCUUAAAGAAAUAAAAUAUAUUUUUAUUAA